UGGUGGGUCCUCCUCAAUGUUUACCGCGGGUCACGAUGCUUCGCUCGGCCAGCCGGCGCCAAGCAGCAAGGUUCCACGCCACGUGGUUCUACUACGCCGUCUACUUAGUGCUGUUCCUUUUCCUUUCCGUGCUGAGUAUGAGCGCGCCGAACCAGUGUCGUCGCACGCUACACGGCUCACCUGGGAGGGCAUUCUACGCCCCCCCCCCCCACAUCAUCCCCGCACAAUAAGGUUGUCGUGGCAUUGCUGAGCGCUCGCAAAGCCGGGGGCAAGGCUACUGUUUGAAUGGGUAUUACAUAGGCGGCGCGGCGGUGAGAGGAGAUGGCACUGUUGAAAACGUACGGCGAAUUUCACCGUAAGUUACAGCUGCUGCACUUCAAGUUAUGGUGAGCAGAGCAGGUCACUGUGAUUUAAAGUAAAGAGCCACUAUAACUUUACAGUGAAAUUCACCAUAUCUUUACAUCGAACAUUACCUAGGAAGAGUGCUACGGGUGUCCAGUAACUUACGGUCUAAGUCGCAAUUAACUUUUAUCAGUAAAGGGAGAUGAGCAUUGGGAAGCUGGCGUUCGUUCAAAAAGUACGUCAAUUCUUCUCACAUUCGUUCGGCAAGUUACGGGUGCUCGGCGCCUGCGAGAUUCCGGGUAGGCCACCCCGCAGUGCACGCACGUCCUGCACGAACGAUGUUGCCUACCCCCCAGGCGUUAUGGGAGCUUACAGAGUCUAAACUUUAGCAGGUUCGUAACGGCGAAUAGCGGGCGUACUUUCUGGACGAUCCAAUAGGCUACACUGUAACUCAACCGAUUGAAGGCACCAAAGUGUCCGCCGGGAAGUCGUCCUCAGUGGGACAGAGUUGUUGGGUGUCAUAAUUACUUAACACUUUGUCUCCUACCUGCUGGCACCCCUGGCGCGCUCCACACCAGUUAAAUGUUUCAUAUGCGUGCAAUAAUAUUGCUCCCAGCCAUGGAGUCCCAGCCCAACGCCAUCCUCACUUUAUCCUAAUCCAGACAAUAUUUGACAGUCCUGUCGCGAGGUAACAAGCAGCUGCGGUGAGCUUCCAGAGGACAUCGUUACCGCCCCGCCGCCCGCUCGCCAUGCAGGCCCUGCAGGCCCUCGUGGCGCUGACGCUGGCGCUGCUGUGCGCCGCCGGCCGCGCGGUCGCCGAGGUGCCGAUCCCCGACUUCAUCCUGAUCUGCAAGCGGACUGACCCGCAGGUAGACCAGUGCAUCAAGAAGUCCGUCGAGCAGCUGCGGCCGCACCUCGUGCGCGGCAUCCCCGCCUUCAACGUCCCCUCCCUGGAGCCGCUCAUCCUCCCCGAGAUCAGGGUGGGCGAGUCGACCGGCAUCCGGAUCCGAGCGCGGAACGUCAAGGCCUUCGGCUGCAGCGACUUCAAGAUCAACAGGCUGAGGGUUGAUCUGGCUCGGAACGACAUCGAAAUGGCCAUCACGCUACCCAAGCUCUUCAUCCUCGGGGACUACACGGUGGACGGGCGGGUGUUCCUGCUGCCUGUCAGAGGCGCCGGCCAGCUGACCGGCAACAUGACGGACUGCAAGGGCGACGUCCACCUGCGGGGCACGGUCUCCAAGCGUGACGGCGUGGACUACCUCAAGUACGACACCCUGGCCGUGCGGAUCGCCGUGGGGCGCGGCUCCCUGCACCUCGACAACCUAUUCGGCGGCCAGCAGACUCUGGGUGACAUCGUCAAUGCGGCCAUCAACAGCAACUUCAAGGCGUUCUUUGGGGAGCUGAAGCCAUCUGUGGAACGCGCGCUGUCGCAGGAGUUCCUCAGCGUUGCCAACAAGAUAGUGACGGCGGUGCCGUACGAGAAGCUUUUCCCUGCCUCGUAGCCCCCCAGGGCACCGUGGAGUAUGGGACGUUCAAGUCGCUGGAGAGCCUGACAACAACAGUCGACCACUACUUUUGCCGACAGGUGUCCUGUAACUGUGAAAUACAUAAAAAUGACUGCGGCUUUUACUUACACAAUACACAAACUACUCACGGUUGUGACCUUGUCUAGGCAUAUAAAGAAAUAAUGUUUCGCCCAAUGGUGAAUGUUCUUAACGUUGUUCAGCACAGUGGUUGGCUAGGAGUUGAAAUGUUUUUGUAGCCAAAUUGCGCGUUAUGAAAUCAUUCAAAAGGCCCACAGGUUUCGUACAGUUUUACCAAAGAUUUUUUUGUGUCAAGGUCAUUUAUCUCAGUUUUAAAAGAAGACAUUACUAAACAAUACAGCAAGUUAGAUAAUGUAUUGGUUUUAAGAAAUUCAUUUUCAUUAUAGUACACCAAGUAGAUUCAUAAUAGUUUUUUAGGUAAUCAUUGCAUUGUGGUCAAGGCAUACCCAAUUUGUCAGCGGUUGUAUAUAUAGAGAGCAUAUAGUACAUCAUGGCGUUAUGAAUCAAAAUAUUGAACAAAAUGAUGUACCAGCUGAUUGUGAUUUGAGAAAUUGCAUGUCUGCCAUUUGUAAAGAUAAAUAUUCAAUUUUAAAAACUUGAA